AUGCUGGCCAGGAAGAAAUCCUUCACCAGUGCCAUCAUUGGGGCACUGGUGGCACUCUCCAUCAUCGCCCUGGUUCUCAGCCUGGUGAGGGUUGAAGAUGUGACGCUGCCUGCCACGGUCAAGUAUGGGAUGGUGUUUGAUGCAGGCUCAUCCCACACCUCUCUGUUCGUGUACCAGUGGGAUUCGGACAAGGAGAACGACACUGGAGUGGUCAGCCAGACCCUGUCCUGUGAUGUGCAGGGGCAAGGCAUAUCAAGCUAUGCCAACAAUCCCCCUGAAGCUGGCAAUUCCCUAAGGGAGUGCUUGGAUAAAGCCCUGCAGGUUAUUCCUGCUGAGAAGCAGAGGGAUGUCCCAGCUUAUCUUGGAGCAACAGCUGGCAUGAGGCUGCUGAGGGAACAGAACAGCUCAGCAGCAGAGCAAGUCCUGGCUGAGGUUGCUAAAACCAUGCAGGAGUACCCAGUGGCUUUCAAAGGGGCUCGGAUCCUCACAGGAGAGGAGGAGGGGGCCUAUGGCUGGAUCACCAUCAACUACCUGCUGGACUCCUUCACCAAGUACUCUCCCAAAGCGCACGCCUGGCUUCGUCCGGAGGCAGCCAACAUUUUUGGGGCACUGGAUCUUGGAGGAGCAUCCACCCAAAUCACCUUCAUGCCCGAAGGUUCAGCCCUGAGCCAGAAUGAAGGCUCUGAGCUGACCCUGUACGGGUACAGGUACAGGAUCUACGCUCACAGCUACCUGUGCUACGGGCAGGACGAGAUGCUGAAGCGGCUGGCCCAGGAAUUGAUUGUGGGCUCGUUCCCCAGCACCCGUGUCCUGCACCCCUGCUACCCCAAGGGCUACGAGGAGCCGGUGUCGCUGUCGUGGCUCCGCGCCAGCCCCUGCACGGGCAGUGUCCCGGGGGACAGCGCGGUCACCCUGGAGGGCAGCGGCGACGCCAGCGCCUGCCUGGCAGCGCUCAGGAGCCUCCUCAACCUCUCGGCGUGCGGCCACAGCCAGGACUGCGCCUUGGACGGUGUCCCCCAGCCCCCGCUCCGGGGACGCUUCAUCGCCUUCUCUGCCUUCUACUACAACUUCAAGUUCCUGAACCUGACGGAGGGGCAGCCGCUGGCCGCGGUCAGAGAGGCCAUCGAGGGGUUCUGCAGCAGGAGCUGGCAGGAUCUCUCUUCCAGCUACCCCACAGAGAGCCCCAAGCGCCUGCCCAGGUACUGCGCCAACGCCAACUACAUCCUCACCCUCCUGCUCCACGCCUACAAGUUCAACGAGAGCAGCUGGAGCAACAUCUGCUUCCAGAUGAAGGCCGGGGGUGCUGACGUGGGCUGGACGCUGGGGUACAUGCUGAACCUCACCAACAUGGUCCCGGCCGAGGCUCCAGCCAGGCUGAAGGGCCACAGCUCGUCCCUGUGGGCUGCAGCCAUCGCCUUCAUCAUCCUCACGCUCGUCCUGGGGCUCGCUGCCCUGCUCCUGCAGCUGUGGGUGUAG